AUGGCUCUGCAACGGGCGCCCCUCUUGUUCCUGGGAGCGGUGCUGGGGGCCUUCGUGCCCGGGACCUGCUGCGGCUCCCUCUCACACUCCCUGUGCUAUUCCUACCUCCAUCUGUCAGAGCCCAGUCAGGGGCCGCCUCAGUCCUUCAUUGGGGGCUACUUGGAUGACCAGCCCAUCGCUCGCUUUGACAGCCACACCAGGAAGAUGGAGCCUCUGGUGUCCUGGGUGAAGGAGGUGGAGGAGGGGACCUUUCUGCCCUUUGAGUCGGUCUUCAGGGCCGACCUGGAGAAGUUAUCAAAACUGGGCCGCCGGGCUGGAGGGCUUCACACCCUGCAGGCGAUUUUGGGUUGCGAGAUCAAGAAAGAUGGGAACAAAGGAGGGUUUUUGCGCUAUGGCUACCACAGGUGGGAUAUCAUCAGCUUCAAGAAUGAGAGCCUCAAAUGGGGAGCAGCUCAGCCUCAAGCCAAGCAGGUCAAGCAGGAGGAUGAUCCAGAGUGGUCUGAGAAAGUAAAUGUCUUCCUGGAGAAGACCUGCAUUGUGUGGCUGCAGAGAUACCUGUCCUACCGGAAGGAAGCUCUAAAAAGGGCAGAGCCUCCAGUGGGGAAGGUGACUCGCAAGGAAAUAGAUGACAGCCUGGAGAUCCUCAUCUGCCAGGCCUCUGGCUUCUGCCUGAAGGAGAUCCAGGCCACUUGGAUGAGGGACAAAGAGGUCUGGAAAAACGAGACCCUGCAUAGGAACGUGGCCCCCAACUCAGACGGGACCUAUUAUGUCCGGCUCAGUACUAAAAUCAACCCCAAGGAGAGGCAGCGUUUUCGGUGUCGCCUGGAGCACGAGGGCUUGCAGGAGCCCCUGGUCUUGGCUUGGGAGGACAAAACAGCUACAAUGUGGUGGAUCCCUGUGGCAAUUGUGGCCGCCAUAAACGUGGGACUUUGGAUUCUCUUCCUGAGAGCACAAGGCAUCCUGUGGCAGCUGGAGGUCCCAGAAGGCUCCGGAAGCCGCUCUGCCAAUAUGACACAGGCAAGAAAGGAAUCAGCCGUGGCUCAAAAGGUGGAGCUCCUGAGCAGGGCAGUUGGAGACGUCUAACCAGGACUGAAUAUCAGAAUCAGAAUGCAGCUGGAAGGGACCUUGGAGGUCUUCUAGUCCAGCCCG